AUGUUGGGUGUUUUUUGGUUUCGUUGGGGAAUUUUCCAAUUCUCCCCACAACAUUUUUUUAUGGGUUCAAAUCCUUUUGGCGGUGUUAUUAUUUUUCUUACACUAUUUUUAUAUUCGAUUUUUAACUUAAACUUUCCUGCAGAUAUUUGUCUACCUCUUCAUCCAAUAGUUCAAUGUAAAACUGAAAAAUCUGCUCGUUUUUCUUCUCUUCAUGCUUUAUGUCAUGCUUUUGCUGUUAGCUACAAGAUGAAUAUACAAAUUGGACUUGUUAUGGAGACAACUGAAUUAAUUUGCAAUCAGAAUGUAUUUUUAGAGUUUGAAGCUUUGGCAAGUCUUAAAAGGGAGGAAAAAUCGGAAAUAAAUUUUUUUGAAAUUGGAAGAAUUGACGGGGAUGAUGAGGUUUAUUUACUUUUUUUUCCUACUUUACCCGGUUGACGGUUCCAAACUCUUUCGGUUUAUUUAUCCUUUGUCUCGU